GAUCUUGAAGGGUCUCGCAUGCGCUUCCAGGACGGCCAUGGCGGCGGCUGCUCGUUCCGGAGCAAGGCAGCAGUCAAGAAGGUUGGCGUCGACGCGAGCUCCGAGACGCCGGGCGUCGAGUUUGUCUCGGCCGACACGCAGACCGCGAUCGCCGCUGACAGCUCAUGCCAGACGGAGCCGAUCGAGUCGUCGAGCACCAAGGUGGCCGUCGACGACGCGCGAGUCAAGGCCUUUCUAAACGACGUCGGUGGUCUCAUGCUGCGCGAGAUGCAGGCAAGCGCCAAGUCGCUGGCCUUUGACGACUUUUCGGUCGAGGAGGCCGAUGCGGAGGACGCCGACGUCACGCGCCUCUUUACGCUCUCGUUCGACUUUUUCACGCACUUUAAAGCGCCGGCCGAGAUAGGUGCUGGCGGGCGCCCCUCGACGCUUCAGUUGCAGUGCACGGCCGUCUCGUGGAACGCAACGGGGUCGGUCCUCGCCGUCGCGUACGGUCGGUUCGAUCACUCGGGGUGGUGCAACUACCGGUCCGCGCUCUGUCUUUGGAACAUCUUCCACCCCGACUUUAACGUGGCCAAGCCCAGCCUUGUCCUCGAGACCUCGAGCGGUCUCAUGUGCGUGGCACACCACCCGACGAUGCCCGCUGUCAUCGCCGCGGGCUCGUUCAACGGCGAAGUGCUGGUCUGGAACACGUCCUUGGAAGAGACGCUCGUCGCAUCGUCUGGCAUCGGCGACUACUUUCAUCGCGAGCCUAUUGCCAAGGUGUCUUGGGUCUACGAUCCGGUCGCACGCGAUUACAAUAUUGCCAGUGUGAGCGGCGACGGCAAGGUGCUCGUGUGGCAGCUCAAAGACAAGCUCGCCUACCCCGUGGAAGGGUACCUAUUGGGCGCCAAGACGCGACUCAAGCCGAGUAAAGGCACGCCGGUGUCGUUCUUUGGCGGGGUCGCGCUCGCGUUUCGCACGAACGACCGGACGAACCGCAGCUUUGUCAUCGGCUCGGAAGCCGGGUCGAUGACGCGUUGCUUUGCCAACAAGGGGACCAAGAUGACGGCCAAAGGCGAGCUCAAGUGGUCCAACAACGCCCUCCGCCUCGCGAGCAUGGCGCCGCAGCCGGCGGAGCUGCGACGCCACGUCGAAGCCUAUGCCAAGGAAAAGAAGCUCCGGGAUGUCCGCGUCAGCGCCGUCUUUGACGCCAAGCCCGACCUCGGCGCCUUGUACCCGAGCGCGCUCGACUUUGGCUUUGAAGCGCACGGCGGUCCGGUGUACGACAUGGCGUUCUCGCCGUUCCACGGCAGCCUCUUCCUCUCGUGCUCGUCCGAUGGCAGCGUGCGGCUGUACCACUACCUCCAGCGCGACCCGCUGCUCGUCUUUCAAGUCGGCACGAGCUACCUGUACGCGGUCGCGUGGUCCAAGACGCGCCCGCUGGUGUUUGCCGUCGCAAGCGAAGAUGGCAAUGCGUACGUCUACGAUCUGCAGGUGAACCGGCUCAGCCCCGUCGCGACCUUGUCGCUGCCCGAGGGCAAGCAGCGCGCGGUGGCACUGUACGCAGUCGAGUUCAACCCGCGCCAGCGCAACUUUCUGGCCGCCGGCGACGGCAACGGGCUCGCAUACGUGUGGAAGCUGAACUGGCGGCUCUCGAAUGUGCGCCCGGACGAACGCGCCGUGCUCGAUGACAUCGCCGAGCUCCGGUCGUCCAACCAAGCCACCGACGCGCAUGCCUAGGUCGUACUAGCUGUUUUUCGGUUCUAUACUAGCAUUACGCGACGAGGGUGCACUUGGAG